AUGAAUAAACUCAAAAGUAAUAUCGCCAUGCCAAAGCAAAUCACCGAGAUCAAGGACUUUUUGGUUCUGGCGCGCCGAAAGGAUGCAAAGAUCGUUAAGAUCAAGAAGAACAGCCUCAAUGUGAAAUUCAAGGUCCGCUGCAGCAGAUAUCUCUUCACGUUGGUUGUUAAUUUUGUGCAUUAG